UUAUUCACUAUCGUUUGCAAUAAAAAAAAACAAUAGAAACUGUAAAAAGUUAACUCUAACUUUGAAACUUCCGUUAUUCAUCAAAAUAUAAACAAAUACCCAACACCAACAGAUAGCUUGUCGAUAUAUUAAAGGAAACAAUUCUAUACAUUCAAAACAUCAUCAAUUGAUUGGUUUUAUAAAAACUCAAAAUCUACAUACUCAACUUUUAGUUUCUUUUGUUUCUAUGCAAAAAAUGUCAACCAGAAGAAGUGAAAUUGAGGCAAAGAGACAGCGAUUAUUGGAAUUGAGAAGGCUCAGAGAACAGAAACAACAAAAGAAUCUCGAAGCUCAGAAGAACAAGCAAAUUGAACUAGAUAAGCAGCAAAAACAGCAGCAACAACAAAAAAAUGUCCAUAUUUCUGGCAGGGCAGUCUCCAUAUCGUCGUCUGUUUCAAUAGCAGAAUCGUCCACUUCUACAGCGAGCUCAUUUUCUAAUACAUCAUUGGGGUCGAAUAUAAAUCAGAAAAAGGAUAUUUUCAAUGACCACAGCAUAAAUUUGCUAGUGGAUCAAUUAGUUGGUUCUUCGACUUCAGAUUCAAAAUUCAAACACAGGUCUGCCAAAUUUGUCUCCACCUCAACACAAACUGACAGUGAUUUGAUUUCUCAGUCACCUCUCACUACAGAAGCAGAUUCUUCACUGUUCCAUAAAAUAGAAGAAAAGACAGAUUUUACUAAAAAUGAUGUUAAAGAAAGAAAAAACACAUAUGACAAGUCAGUUCAAACUAUAGAUUUUAAGUUUCAGGAGGAGGAGGAACUACUACAGAAAGAAAGAGAAUUGGAAGUUAAAUUACGACAGAAAAUACAGAAAGAGAUUCAAGAACGAGAAUUGAAAAGACAGGGAGAACUAUUAAAACAGUCUCAAUCCAAUUCUAGAAAUUUGCAAUCGUUUAUUGAUGAGGAUGACGACGAUGAUAAAAACUUCAUGCCUGUUGAAAAAUUUCUUGAGAAUUUAAAACAAAAAGAUAAAGACGAGAAAGAUCAAAAAUUGAAUCAAUUUCUCAAUAGAAGUUUUAAAAUAGUAAACAGGACAUUGAAUGAGGAUAACAGGCAUUUGUUAAAAGAUUAUGCGAUUGACAGUUCUAAUUCAGAUUCCAACGAAUUAGAUAUUGAUGAUGAAGAUGAGCAGAUUCAUCAAACAAGAUCAUUUCAUAAUAAAAAUAUUUCAAAGAAUAGAUCAGUAACUGCAUUGGAUUUUUCUCUGUUUCAUGAAGAGCUAUUAUUAUCAGCGUAUUCGAACUCAUUGUCAAAUUCAAACAUGUUUCUUGAUCAUUAUAAUAUUAGUGGAAAUGACUUAACCAGCCACAAGUCUGUGAUUCAGAUAUGGAAUUGUAAUUACACUAGCAAUACUCCUGAGUAUAUAUUUUAUUCAACAACUCCAAUUAUUUCAGCUAUUUUUGCAAAGAAUUCUCCUCAUAUUAUAUUUGGCGGUGGUUAUAAUGGUAAAGUUUUUGCAUGGGAUUUGAGGGCCAAUUCAAAGAGCCCAAUCCUUUCUUCACCAUUAGGAAAUGGCUCGAAUGAUGCUCAUGCACAUCCGGUAUUUUCAUUAAAUCAUAUUAGGGUUUCUGAUUCUCCUGCAAUAAAAUCAAGCAAUUUUUCCAAAACAAAUAACAAUAGUGAUCAAGCUGAUGUUCUUCUCGAUAAUAAGCAAUCUGGUUCUUUAAUAAGCGCUAGCACAGAUGGCACUAUUUGUACCUGGUUGCCAUAUCUUUUAUCAAAACCAGUAACUAAGCCAAUAUAUCUAAGAUCACCCCCAGGUUUUUUGUCAAGAUAUGAUGAACUAGCGCCUACUUCAGUUUGUUUUUUGAAUUCUGAUAUAUCAGGAAUGAUUGUUGGAUGCGAAGAUGGGAAAAUUUAUCGUGUUAAAAGGUAUAAUUCAGCAAUUGAUAAAAUUGGUAUUGAUUUGAAGAACAUAUUUUCGGGGCAUAGUUUUUCAGCGAUAACAAGUCUAGCAGCUCAUCCUUCUAAAUUCAAUUAUUUUUCAAAUUUCUUUCUAAGUUCUGGCUACGAUUGGAGUAUAAAGCUAUGGAAGUAUUCUUCCAGCACAGAUUUGUCAUCAUCCAAACCUGAUAUUUUUGGAUCGUCAAGCUCUUCAAGCAAUCGAAACUUGAUUGAUCCUUCACUGGUCGACACUAUAGAUCCUGUACUUGACAUUAAAAGAGACGAUGUGGUUAUGGAUGUGAAAUGGCGUCCAAAUAAUACAUCACAAUUUUGCUCUGUUGGAGGCUCAAAUGUUUUGGAAAUCUGGGACUUAACAAAAGACUUGAUUUCCCCAAUACAUGAGAUAAGACCAAGAGACUUUGACAAAGCUCUUAGUAAAGAAGACAUUUCAGAUGGAAUCAACAGCCUAAGUCUCUCGGAAAUUAUCACCAAUGAAGCAGUUUCAGGUUUGAACAAGGUUUGCUGGGACAAGAACAGCAGUAAUAUCGCAACUGGAAGCUUGGAUGGUUAUGUGAGUGUUUUUAGAUUGAGUGGAGACUUGUUGACCAACUCAAAGAAUGGCCCUGAUAAUGAGAUCAGGUUGAAAAGAAUACUUGCAGACGAGCAGUAGAACAUACAACAAGGUAAUUUAGUCAAUUUAAAAUAAACAUUGAUUCCCCAAGUGCAUGUACAAUAAACUGGCUCUCCUCGCAAGCACCAGAAAUACCAGUUCUUCCUCAACAAAGCAUUUGCAGCCCAUUUCGUGGUCAUUUCAUACCCAUUUUGUUGUGGGCAUUCUUCUUUUAUCUUUGAAUAUAUAAAAAAAGCUGCUGUGGACCAAUCAGAGGCUGUUUUGUCACGUGCUUUUUUUUCUGGUGGGUGAAAUUUUGUUUUGAGGUGUUUCG